CCGAACUUUUCAUACAUGGUUUCGACCAAGCGACGACUGUAACCACGCAGUAUAGACUAUAGAGUACUAUUUCUCGUCUGAAGUUCAUGCAACUCCAGCCACUUCUAGAGCCCUAGUAGUAUACGUCGAGCGAACGCGCUUAUUAGCCCGCGUCGCCGGCGCGCAAGAGCUCGCCGCGGUAACCGCGGCUCGGCGACGACCCCGUCGAGGUCGUCUCGUCUCGUCGUCUUCUACCUUACGCGGCAACAUUUUCGCAAUGCAACUGAGAAUCUGGCACACCGUGUAUAUAACAGCGGGCAUUCGGAGCUCCGAUCCUUCACCAACCGCCAUCGCGAACUUGGAACCCCAGCGCCCGCCGCAAUGGACGUGCCGUUCUUCGUCGCCUUCUCCGCCAUCCUCCUCCUCGGCCGGUACCUCCCCUUCGCGCUCCCGGCGAACGCGCGCGCCGCCCUGGCCGACGGCGGCGCGGCGCCGCCCGCCCGCGCCGCCAAGUGCGCCAUCUCGGUGGCCGUGGCGGGGCUCGCGCUGCUGGUGUCCGCGCAGCAGUGCGGCGGCCGGCCGCCGCCGCCGCAGCAGCAGUGCCCGGCGGAGGCGGCGAUGGAGGCGAGGGCGCUGUGGCUCAACUCCGCCGCGCUCUUCCUCGGGACGCUCCUCGGGGCCGCCGCCGUGGCGCUGCACCCGCCCGCGCGCGCGCCGCCGGCCGUCGAGGUGGCCGUCGAGCACCUGACCAGGGUCACCGAGACCAUCGCGAUCACCGCGUUCGCGCACGACCUCUGUAUCUUCCUCAGGAUCUCCAAGGUCUAACAAAUUCAAAUUGAUAGAGUUGCGCGACGGCAGCAUCACGAGAAUUCAUGAUGCAUGUAUAGUAGUUCUGUUCGCUUAAUCAUCUAGAGGAAGAUCAGUGAUAAUGAUGGUCGCCAAUGUCAUCAAGUGCGAUCUGUAUCAUCCGUCCCUGAUAGCACUGCCACUGACCGCGUCGUAGAUGAAUCAUUCGCAAAUCAUGAAGGUCACUAUCGCCUACAGUUUCACCAUGAUCCACAGAGAACUGUACUACUGGUACAGAAAAUUCUGCUUGUAUUAUCAUAUCAGAGCGGUUGUUGGCGGCUCAAUGAUUUUGUUUUUGGACAACAACGUCUGGCGGA